UAUUAUCUUAUCACUUAGUUUAGUUUAGCAAUCCAUAUAUUGAUCUCUAUAUAAAUAGUUAUUUCGAGAUACAAUAAUUAACUUCGUCGACUAAUGAAAGCGAUAGAAUAGAAUAAUGGCGACCCUUUUCCCCUUUUGCGUUCGACGUUGACACACACCCAAUACAUAAUCGAUCAAACCAAAAGCAGAAACGAACCUCAACCAAUUUUCACCAAUUAAGCUCAAUUCAACCCCACGGUAACCAACUAUGUCAUUGCGCAGACGAACCUUGCUCAAGGUCAUUGUCCUCGGCGAUAGCGGGGUUGGAAAAACCUCGUUGAUGAAUCAAUAUGUGCACAACAAGUUUAGUCAACAAUAUAAGGCUACUAUUGGUGCUGAUUUUGUCACUAAAGAACUCCAAAUUGACGACAGACUCGUCACUCUACAAAUAUGGGACACUGCUGGACAAGAGAGAUUCCAAAGUCUUGGAGUUGCAUUUUAUAGAGGGGCGGAUUGCUGUGUUCUUGUGUAUGAUGUGAACGUCAUGAAGUCGUUUGAUUCCCUCGACAACUGGCACGAGGAGUUUCUCAAACAGGCAAACCCUCCUGAUACAAGGACAUUUCCGUUUAUAUUGCUUGGAAACAAGAUUGAUAUUGAUGGUGGGAAUAGUCGAGUGGUUUCUGAGAAGAAAGCAAAGGACUGGUGUGCUUCAAAAGGGAAUAUUCCCUACUUUGAGACAUCUGCAAAAGAGGAUUACAAUGUUGAUGCUGCAUUCCUGUGUAUUGCAAAGACUGCCCUGGCCAAUGAGCGUGAACAGGACAUAUAUUUUCAAGGGAUUCCCGAGGCGGUUCCAGAGAAUGAGCAGAGAGGUGGUGGAUGUGCAUGCUGAUAUUGAAAUACUGAAUCAUUUCAGGCACUCUCCUAAAUGCUGUGUGUUUCAAAUUCAUCAAAUUCUUUUUGGUCAUAUUGUGUACCCUGUAUGCCAUCAUUGUGUGGGUAAAUUGUGUACCUUGAUGUUCCCAUUUUGAUACUAGUCUUGUUUUCGUAAGGAUGAGCUUGAGAAUGUUGCACUCGUAGGAAAAACAUAUUCCAUUGAUUUACCACGGAUUAAAUAGGUUUAAAGUAAUUUUUGUUGUCUUUUGGCGAUCAAAUUGAGAUGUGGCAUGAAAUGUUUAUAUUCUGUUUCAAUGGUACUUAUCAGACA